GAUCCGCGCCUAUUCGCGCAUCCCUCGAACGAUAGGGUACGAAGAGGUGCACGCUAGGUUCGCGGUAAAGGGAGAAAACACGUUGAACGAAACCGAUCGGGACACGUGUACUUUGCUAAAUAAUGCAUCUUUCUCGUGGGUUUCCUUCGUAGACGCUUUUCGCAGUUCCGUUAAACUCUGUACAUACAUCCUUUCGUUACCGUCGUACCUUCGUAAUCGUAAUGAAUAUUUUCUUCUGUAUAUUCCAUCAUUAUGGUUUCUCGCAUUUUAGAAAACGGACGAUACGCUCGAAUCGGAUGCGAGAAUUUUCCUUUUCAUACGAGGAAAGACAUCUUCACUGCUCAGCAACAAUGUUAAUACUGCUGAUGUUAUCCCUGGGUGAUGUACACAUUGUAAAUGGUUCUUGCGAGUUUCCAGUUGCAUGGACUGGAGAAUGGUAUCAAUAUGGGAAAAUCGCACCAAUUAUCCUAAAUACAACAGUUAUAGGCGAAAGGACAUGCAUCGAGCGAUCCGAGGACUCUUACAUCGUGUAUGGUGACAAAUGCUAUUAUUGUAUAAUUAUUAAUGAUCGGCAUGAGAAUGUGAUUCAAUUUCGUGAAGGAUGGUGCUAUACGGAACAAACCACUUUGGACGAAAUGUGCUCGAACAUUAAGUCCGAUGAUACCUUGUAUUCCAUGUUUCGCGUAAAUUCCAAGCCCAUACCCUGUCCUUUUAGUGGACCAUCAUUUACGUUUACCUAUGAUAAGGGUUUUGGUGAAUGUGCAAUGCCUAUUAGCCUUGGGGAGAAAUGUACUGACGAAAGUAAAUUACUUCUGAAAUAUCAGGCUUGCCCGGAUAUCAAACGAAGCGAGAGUAACACGGAAGAGUUACAAUGCCUCGCUGUAUGGAACGAUGGUCGUAACAAAUACCUCGUUGGAACAUUAAAAGGAAGAAGUAUCUCGAGUGCCGAAAAAAUGUAUAGAUGUUUCCUGUACGAAGAGAAAACACAUCAUCAGGGAAAGGUGGCCUACUUACUCGCUCAGUCAGGUGAACCAACUUGUAACGGCCUAACUACAGUUUCGGAGGGGUCACCAACUAUAAAACUUACGAAAGUUGAUAAAGAACACAAUAGAUGCAAAUAUCCUUCAUGGAUUACCGAACAUCAUGACUGGCGUUCUUUAGACGGUACUAAAGUUUAUCAUUUUACGAAUAAAAAUGCAACACUCAAAGUUAAAGUACAAAACACCGAUGGGGAUACGUUUCACGAAGAAAAGAUUGUUUGUCAUAAUCUAGAGAAAUUACAUCCUACGGAAAAUACACAAGGAUAUAAAGUAAAGUUGAUUGCUCACGUUACUAGCGGUUGUGACAUUGGCUAUGUUUGCAUGAUAUUUCAUAAAAGAGAUCACCACAUUAUAGAGUUACAGCAAUCGGAUGAAAAAGCUAUAAUGCCAGACGAGGCGUGUUCCCUUGCAGACACAUCUACAAUGGCGUAUACCACUCUAAUAAGCUCUUCAUUACGUCAGAGAAAGUGUCCCAAUCCUGGACGAUAUUUUAUCUUGGGAUUUACUCCAUUCAGUGUAUCUAAUACUUCGUUUCGUCGACAACGUCGUAGUGAGAGACACUCUUCUAGAAUUACUAAAAGAAAGAAUUGGCACGAAGAUAUUUCUCAGGAAGAAUCGCACGAACAGCAACGACAACACCAACAGAAGCAUCACCAUCAUCAUCAUCAUCAAUAUGGAGGAGAACAACAUCAGCAACAACAAGAACUACAAAGGGAGGAUUGUAAAAGAACCAAUGUUGAAAUAGGCUGUGCCUCGUCGGAUCAGAAUGAAAUUCUUAUUGGAAAAACAUGCGAUACGGAAGAAAUAACGUAUUAUUGUCAUGGUAGUUGGGAAGAAAAAAAUAUUUGGUAUACGAUAGUGUCGUUAAAAACUAAUCAACCUUCCCCAAGUUUUGGACAAACAUUUUGUUUUUCUAUGCAAUUCGACGGUAGUACAGAGAAGACGUCCGUCACCGGAAAAGCAAUUAAAACUCAAGUCUCGGAACAGGAACUUUGGUUAACUAAAUUGGAUCGUGUCUGUAGUAGAGGCCAGAUCGAAGACGAACGAUCCUACACGCUUGUCAGUCAAGGAGUUUGCGAAGACAUGGAAAAGGCGUAUUCUAGUUUGGCGCCACUUUUUUCCAAAUCUAUAAUUUUAUUUGUCGCAAUCAUGGGAAAUUGUGCCGUAAUAUUUUUGUUAAGAUGAUAUGCCACUUCCACGUGAAGAAUUGUACUCGAUGCUUUUAGAGGGAUUAUUUUUUUUUUCUUCUCGUUCUCUUGUUUUUCUUGUGAACGUCGAGGAAAGUCGACAGGCAGAGAGCAACGGCGAAUAAAUUCCUCCGAUUUUAUAUUCGCUUUUGUAAGGAUCGAGGCCAAGAACGAACGGUUUAAUUUAAUCGACUUGAUUGGACAGCGCUGGCCAACUACCAUCUGUUUCUUCAUAUUUUGUUCAGACUUUCAUCACGCUCGAUCUGCGGUCGAUGACUCAGAUACGAUACUCUUUACUCAGAGACUCUUUACUCAGAUACGAUAGCUUAUACUACUAUGUAAGUUUCUUUUGUUCUUCUUUUCUUUUUUAUUGUGCAUUAGACAACAUCGCACGAUCUUUACUUACAUUUUUUUAUUCAUUCAGACAUAGAUAAGGAUGUACUUAGAUUCUAGAUUUUAAGUCUUAUGCCCGUCCGUUUCAUACAAUGGUCGAGAUUUCUACCCGAUUACAUCUAUUUACAUCCUGUAAAUCUGUAUAUUUGCACUUGUAUUUUUUAUAUAAGCAUAUGUUGAAGAACGAGCAAAAGGUUCGCUCAUGUACUGAAAAACCGCGCAUUUAUUUUCGAUUUAAGAGUACGAAAACAACGAUACCUCGAUCGUUUUUACGUAAUUGAGAUUUGUAAGGCACGCAGUAUAUUGUCAAUCGAUCGACUACUGUGCACCCGCAGCUUUCUUGUAAAUAUAAGCAGGGUAUAACGAGUCAAGACCAUGUUCGAUUAAUCGCGAACGAAAUCGAUGUAAUCCUAUAACUGCGAAUUUGAUUAAUUUAACGCGUAACAAUUACUUACGAUAAGGAAAUACUUUUUACCUCUUAACCUGCUACAUUUUGUAUAUAAUAAUUUAAGCACUGUAUAAAGACUGUUUUUAAAGGGUAUAGAGUUUUCCACUUAUACAAUCGCGUUUAAUUAUCGAGCGCUAGCCUGAAAGUGAUUAACUAUCGUGUUCCUUUCGUUUUCGUCCAUUGUGAGAUCUGUAUUAUCGACGAAAGGGAAAAGAUCACAGUGGAAGAGUGGCGUUCGAUUAACACAUUUCGAAAUAUGUACGCAAAAUAGUGUCCCGUAACGAGGAUUAAUGACGCAUCGUGAACGCCGAUGCAAUUGCGAUCAGAAUUCGUUAGAAAAAUAAACUGAAAUCGCAUUUAUUUUCUCUUGGUAACAUGGUCGCAUUGUGCCUAAUCAAAACAUUAUUUUUCCUCGAUUUAUGACAGAUUUUCUUACGACAAAAUUAUAUAUGGCUAUCUAUUACUCUCGUUGUACCCACGAUUAUUUGUUAUAGCUCACAUAGAAACGGAAUACAAUUAUACUGAAUUCGAGAGUAAACACACGCGCGUAUGUAAGUAUAUACAUACAUAUGUGUGUGUAUAUAUGUGUGUUAUAUGUACACACACGCGCGCGCGCGCGCGCGUACAUGUACGUACGUGUGUGUAUAGAUGUAUACAUAUACGCGUAUAAAUAAUUGAGACUGUUCCGAAAUUCGUAUGAUUAGAAUAUUCGAGUACGACGAUGCGCUGGUUCUAAUCCGUAAGAUAGACAAAUUUUUAAUAUCAAGAUAAAUUCUUAUUUUUAUACGCAUAAAUCUAUCGUUCCCAGCCCGAUCCUCGUUCACUCCAGCAUUUUUCUAUUUAUUUCUCCAUUGAAAGAUUUUCUAUCCUUUUUAUUUCCUCCCGAAAUGGACCCAUAGUUUGUUUAUACUUGACCAAGUUCCUGAUACGUUCCGUACUAGUUUAAUAGGCGUAACCACUUUGUCGCGCGCCUUGUCCAACAUUAAAAUUUAUUCGAACCAUUUUACGAUCGCAUCUCAACGUGUCUCAAUGAUAGUUAUUGACUCGAUCGUACCCUUUAUUACUAAUGCAUCUAGAUAAUAACGGACGAAAGAGAAUUAUUGUUGUUAUUGUUGUUGUUGUGGGAUGAGUACUGAUAUCUUGUGCGAAAGUUUCAUCAAUCGAUAUUGAUCAAAUCGAAAUCCAGAUAUAAUUUUUAUGUACACCGCAAUUUAAUCGUAAUACUUUUACUGCCUUCUACGUGAAAAAUUUAACGUGAAUACACAAAUGCUAGUAUUCGAGGUAUGAAAACAAAAA